AAAGUGAGAAAACGCGUGCUUUUAGCGUCGUAUAAAAGAUGCCCUAAGCUCUCCUCUCCAAAUCAUUCGUCAAUCAUGCUACUUUCAUCGCUGUCAAUCCUUCUUCUGUGUGGCAUUGUGGGGUCUACUUACUACCCCUGGCCUAAUCAGGGAAGAUGGCAGAUAGAACAGAGAUCAGGAGAUGAAUUGUAUCCAGGGACUUAUUUAGGAGAAGGAAAUGCUGCCUUGAUGAGAGGAUAUGCAGAGCUUUCUUGCACUUUAAAUGCUUUUGAAGGAUAUAUUGUAUCAAAUGUUGUGUGGUCAAAAAUGCGAGGUGAUUUCGAGGAACCUUUUUAUCCAUGUCCUCAGUGUUUUCCUCAAGAUCCACGUAUUCGAUCCUAUGAUCACAGAGGCAAAUCUAUUCUGAUGAUCCGUGAUCCUGGUCCAGUUGAUCGUGGAAUAUACAGAUGCAGUGCUACUGGUCAGUAUCCCGAGGGCCGAUUGACCACAGUUUAUCAAGUUGUCCAUUUAGUGUAAAAGUUGCUUUCCUGGUGUUCAUUUAUAUUUCAUUUGUUAAAUAAACAUUAUUAUCACAUUUGUCGUUGCUAUAUUAUGGAAAACAUCAUACUGUAUAAAUAAAGCUAUAUUUAUGUGA